AACAAGGCGGCCGAGCGGCAGCUAUUUAAUUUUUGUUUCGUACGGACGCGGAUCGGUUGGGAUCGGACCAGAUCGGUUGGCUAUAUAGCGCCCGACAUACGGGUAUUUACCGCGAGUGCCGAGCAGAAAAGUUUGGAAAAGCGGCCGUGACUAGAAUUUCCACAUUUCGUGUUGUGGUUCCCGCUGUGUGUGCCUUGGCUUGUGUGCUCCAAAAACAGUCAACAAUUCCAAACAAUUCCAGAAUGGAUCUGCACGAUCAGUCGGCCGCCAUCUAGAGGGCCCAGUGGUCUGUUUCCUAUACACCUAUUGUGUCCAAAACUUUGACGUAUCCGCCGGAAGCACCUUAAAGAGCCGUAACAAGUGCAAGCCCAGCAGGUGAAGGGACCUGCCUCCAAUCGUAAUUCAAAUCACUGCCAGCCUAAUCGAGCGAGCCACCCAAAGACUUAUUUCAGCCGUUCUUCGAAGGAAACAUGCAUAUGGAUAACCCCUAUUACUUCUGCAAUGAGACCAAGUCGCCUCGCACCCCCGACUCGCAGUCCUCGAGCCGGGGCUUCUCCCUCUUUAAGCGCCGCAACUCCAAGGGCGGGAGCAGUCCGCGACCACAGGCGUUGGCCAAUCCGGAACAGAUGCGACUGAUCACUUCCGCCAAUCUGGACACCACGGCCACCAUGGCCUUUGGCAGUCCGCGAGGCAGCUUUAACUCGCUCGGCGGCUCUUCGCAACACUCGUUCGAGAUGCAGACGAUGCACAUGUACCGCCAGAGAUCAUCGAAUUCGCACUCCGGCUUCCGGGGACGGCUGGGCUCCUGCAAUGAGACGCACAGCUCCCAGUGCCCCGGGGGCGGGGACCACGACGAGGUCUUCAAUCCGCUGACAUCUCCAACAAGCAGCAAAUCCCACCGACAUCACACGCUUCCCAGCGGCGCAGCACGCCGCCAUUCCUUUGGAAACUCGGGCCAGCACCAGCAUCAGCAGAGUUCCGGCUCCGUGGCCCUGGGAUCUCCGGACGAGGUGCCCAGCAUGAUGGCUCCCCGCCCGCCACUGCUCUCCCCCAAUAAAUUCCGCGGAAAUUCGCACCGUAGAAGAGACAACUGCGGCGGCGUCAACAACAGUGGAGCGAGUGCAUCCGGCUGUAUGGGUGCUCCCGGCUACAACAUGGACGACAUCCUGAUCAUCACAGCCAAGCACAGCGAACGAGCCUAUCUGCGGGCCACAUUCCUGAAGAACCAUUUCGACAAGAUCACCAAGCAGCGCGGACGGAAGCCAUUCAAUUUUCUGCACAUCAAAAUUGACGAUGGUCCCUUCGGAGAGGAGAUCGCCCAGAAGUACCAGAACACAGCGCUCCAGAUCGUGAUCCUGUGCCCUGCUCUGCUGGCCCUCCCACACAGCUUCCUUAUGAACGAGCUCUCCGCGAUCAUCCGUGUGGAGAAGGUGCUAGCCAUCCUCCUGGACGUGGGCGAGGACAAAGUAAAGGAGAUGCAUAAGACCGCGCUGCCCAGCUACUACAAGUGGCGCCGGUGUGUGGUGCGCGACAACGACCAGGUGCAGAUCAGCAACAUCCUGGGCAUCGCGACGGAUAUCCUUGGACGCGCCUUGUGCCAGCGUCCACCCUGCCACGACCACUUCGCCUCGGGAGGCGGAAGUGGCCUUUCGCGGAGCUUCUCCGCAUGCUCCGAGGGCUUCACAGUACUGCCCAAGAAAGUAAAGCUGGGUCAGAACAAAGUGGUCGCCCUCCUAGCAGAGCCGCUCGAGAAGAACGACACCUUGAAGCUCUUCGUGGAGAAGUCCGGCGAACUGAUUGAGCUGCGCAACUUUAAAUGCCGCAAUCCGUACACGCUGCAGUUCUCAAUUCCGGAGGCUUGCAUGGAAAUAUCCACAAUGAUUGAGAUUCGCAUCGAGAAGAACAAUAAGAGUCUCGGCGCCCGGCCCAUUAAGUGCGAGAGUCGGCUGCGAGAACUGGAGCAGCUCCUGCGCAUUGAAGACUCGCCCAUCGAGUUCAUGUGCCACGCCCUGGGCAUUGGACCCGUGGAGCGCGAUGCCCUGGACCAACACCUUUUGCAAUGCUUUCAACGUAACAUGCCGCCGAACUUUCACCUGCUGAGCGGUACCAGUGAGCGGCAACCGCACUUUUUCACCCGACUGGAAUCAAGUCCGGAGGAGUACCCCACCCUUCUGCACUUCGCCGCCCGAUGGGGUCUUAACAGACUCUGCAUUCAGCUGAUGGAGUGCCCCGGCGGCGACACUGCCUGCGGGGUGAGAAACUGCGCCGGCCGCACCCCCUCCGAACUGGCCGAGCAAGAGGGUCACCACAAGCUGGCUCAGAACAUAGUAAGCUUCUCAGAGUUCCACGAACUAACCACCAUGUACCAUUACUUCAUGGGAGUAAAGCCUGGCGAGGAGAGCUGCCCCAAGCCGAAUGCGAACGUAGUCAUCGAGGCUCACGCCGGGAAGGCGCCGAAAUCGAGCAAGCCACUCAAGCCCCUGCCCACAGCCGAGUAUAUGGAAAUGUCAAGUGGGUCCGAACGGGAGAACACUCCAGAGGUCAGGGCCAAAACGGAAACCAUGGCCAUCUCGAACCUGAACUACAUAAGCGUGGAGACAGAGGACGAAAACCUCCAAGCAUCCGUUGCCGAGAAAAAGGUAGACGCCGAUAAAAAGCUUCCGGAACCCGCUAGUCUGCCUGGACCGGAGCAAACCACAAACGAGCUGAGAAUCAACGAACCCCCCUACUUUCAGUCCAAGGAGCACAGCCUGCAGGCGAAAUCCAAGGACGAAGUCGAUGCAGUACCUCUGUACCAAACUGACAAGUUUAGCCAAGAGUGCUCCCAGCUUCUGGAGAACCAACCUGGCAACGACUACGUGCUGCAGCCUUCCAACGUUCCAGUGCCAGUAUCCGUACCCGAGUCCGCGGCAGCAGUUCCUGUGACUGUGCAAGCGUCUGUGGCCUCAGACGAUGGCAACUAUCUGUUCCAGCCCUCAAACCGCCCUGUAGAGGAUCACUUAAGAAUGGUCCGCUGCACGAACCGGCAGCCCAGCUAUGGAACGCUGAAGAGAAGUGCCAGUGAUGCCAGUACUGCGCGAUCCAAUGCGGACGAUGAACUAGCGGAGAUCAUGCACGACUUUAAGAACAACGUUCUCUCCAUUCGCGAUGUGGAGUUGCUAGUUGAGCGGUGGAAGCACCGUAACGAUGUGCAGCAGAGCUUCCGGGAAAAGCAGGACCAGAUUGAUCAGCUGCGGUUGGAGUACGAGCGUAUCCAGGAGCAGGUCAAGUCGCAAUUAAAAAGGGAAACCCCAUUCGAGCGGAUCAAGAAGUUCUUUUCCCGGACGAAGCCCCAGCAGGCUCCCGGAGGAAACGACAGCCUCUUAGACGAGACCAAGUCCUCUAUCGGCACAAGCUGCAGCUUUAAAUCGGGCGGCGCUGUGGGAUCCGUAGUGGGUGCAUCAGGCCGACCAAUUAGUUCGCUCAGUCUGCAGAGUUUGUCCAGCUCAAGUUCUUCGUCGGGUAGACUCAGCACGGGCAGUAACUGCAGUGGAGCCUCGCUUGGGGAUUCUGGAACCCACUCCGACCACGAGGAUCGUCGGAUGCCGCACUGCCGUAUGAUGGAAAACUACCUAGUGCCACCGCCUCCAAGGCCAGUGCUAACGCCCAGCUCAACGCCCGGUGAUGAGCGCCAUCAGAUAGUAUUCCCUUCACCCAUGUCUAGCUGUCUGCGGCUAAACACGCCCACCAGCCCUAUAGGAUCCGAGCACUACCAAAUGUUCCCCUCGAAUAUUCCAGUAUACGGCAGCCCAUCGACUUCCACCAAUUCCCAAAGUAACAACUACCUGAACACCAUCGUGGAAACGAAGGAGCAGGCGGAUACGCAGCACUAUCAGAACCACAAUGGGGUAACCCUUCAGCCCAUCAAACUGAACGAGAGGCCGAAUAUCAUCUAUGGGAAGCUGACAAAGAGCCACUCCACCAACGGAUGCAGCUCCUUUAAGCCAAAACUGGUGCCGGUGUCGUGCCCCAGGGCGGAAAGCAUCGAAGUAAAAGCUGAAGUAUAUCAAAACGUGGGUGAUAUUCAACCAGGAAAGGAUAAAACCGAACAAACGAGCUCAGUGGCGGGAGAGGCGCCCAAUUAUAUGAACUGCUAGGCCAUCGAAUCGAUUAAAAUAUGAAUCUUCCCGAUAGGCAAUACUAUUUGUAAUUUAAAGUUUAAUACAAUUAUUGUAAUCAUUUCGACCAGGAAAUAUUUAGUCAGUAAAAAUAGAAUCGCAUGCCAGAUAAAAUGAGUACGAGCUAGUUAACGCUAAUUUUAAAAAUAAGUGCUUUGGCAAGCACAAAUAGUAAUACUUUUAUCCUAUAUUUACGUUAAUUUAAUAAUUUUUUGUGUGUUUCGAACUCUUUCGCAAGCAACCAAACCAACAUAUCGUUAUUUUUAAGAGAAUCCUUAAGCCGAUAAUAAUUAUCCGUUUAACUUUAGAAUUAGACUAUUAGUGGUAAGGAUAAGAUGCCGCCCGGCAUAAAAAACUCGUUUUCUUUCUCACACUAAUAUUAAAAUUUUAAUAUAUAUGGUCAUUUAAGUCAA